UCUUCUUGCUUUGACAGAUAGCUAGAGAAGAGAGACUCAAAACAGAGGAACUUCUUUGUCGUGGCUCCAGGACUUUACUCUGAGAAGGAUUAUAAGGAUAACAUCAUCAACAUGGAAAAUACAGCUCACCUUGUGGGAAUAGGAGGAAAUGCUAUGUGAAAAUCAGGUGAACUCUGCUCUAUGAAGAUUACAGCAAGAUAAUUCCAGCCAUUGAACAGAUUGACUUAUCUCACAGCGACAUGGGGAACUAUCUCACAGAGUGCAACCUAAAUUUUUACUAGCACGCAAGCUGUGGCGGUCUUAAUGUGACCAAUAGAACGGCGUCUAUAUUCAACCCUUCUGUGACACACAUAAAAUAGUACUGUUAUUGCUGGUCCUGGAGAAGGUAAGAGAUUUGUCCAUACAAAGACCUUUGUUUUCCAGCCAGUCUGAGGUGGAAAAGGAGCAGAUUAGGCACUCACAGUUUGGACGCUUUGCCAAAGCAGCCACUUAGUUUUCUUUUCCUUUCUUUUUAUGCCAGUGUGAGAUUUGAAAAAGAAUGGACAGUUCAAGUAAUAUUUCUGAUGCCCAAAGGACAAAACCCUCUGCUUCUAUAUUAAAUGUAUUUAGCAAUCUACUCACUGGGGAGAGGUCACCUUCAGAUGUGCAGCCUGCUGUAUUGACAUCUUAUAAGGAACUAUCAGAUGGUGGGAGUGUUCUUGGUGAAGGGAGUCAAACUCUUAAAGGGAGUAAGGAUGUGUCUCUUGGGGGAAGUUAUAAGGAUUCAGUUAAAGGAGUCUUAACAUGCUCAGAUCAACAAGAUCGAGUCCUGGUUACAAGAGUGGAAACAUAUAUUGACUCUGACUCUGAAAAUGAGGAUGAGCGAGAAGGGCAUAAAAGUCUGUCAAAAAAGCUGUCCAGAGAGCACAGCCUACAUGAGGAUGGCAAUGAUUUGAUACACCAUAGUGACGGAAAUGAACAAGGAGAUGUGCCUGAGGUGGAAUUCCAUGUGCCAGAGUUUCGCACACAUACAUUUAAAAGUUCCCCUUUAAACUACAACAGGUCCAGUCAAAAAACUGACAUUGGGACUGUCCUAACCGCCACAGUUUCCAGAGAAAACACAACUGAAAUGUUUGACAGAGCAGAAGCCUCAAACACAGAAGAAGGUGAAAGUAAACAUGUAGAGAAAAAAAGAAGAGAGAGCGAUGACUCUGAAGGUAUUGAUUUUUCUCUGCCAGUUCCCUCCAUUAUUAAAGAGAACAAUGCAAAAGCAACAUCUAUUUUGCAGCAGGGGACUGAAGACCAUAAUAACGCACAAAGAUCUGGAACCUGUGAGCAAAAUUUGAAGCCAGAUGCAGAUAAAAAGUCAUGUGCUAAUUUCCAACUAAGUGCCAAACUUGAUGUGGUGGAAGCACACUCUGAUCUGGAUUUGCAGUCAGAUGCCGAUAAAAAGUCAUCUGCCGAUAAAAAGUCAUCUGCUAAUCUCCAUCCAAGGGCCAAAUCUACAUCCCAGCUUUCAACAUCUCCAAAGACACCAGCAUCGGUAUCCUCUUCCCAUUCUAACUCGUCACCCCCUUCCUUUCAAAUGCCAGCCCUCUUCAGUCGUCUGAGGGUGCUAAAGAAAGGAGCAGUGGGGGGCGAGAGGGAAACUGUGUCAGAAAUCAAGCAAAGUGAGAAAGAUGCUGACCUGGCAUUGCUCAGCUUGAAGAAGACCGUGAACAAAACCAAGCUUCUCCCUGAGCAGAAAACAGUCAGUUCUGUCAAAAAACACACAGAGCCAAAGCCUCUCUCAGAAAGCCGGAGAAACAGUCAGAUACUUAACAAGGACAAGCCCGAUGAGGCUAAAAGUGACAUACAGGAAGUGGACCCAGAGCAUGACAAAAAGGAGUCUGAAACUGGAAAUGUUGAAGGACAGAAACCCUCACAUUCAGACAUCAAGAAAACCUCAGACAUGGCUUAUGAAGCCUUCAAGAACAUGCUUGGCCCUAAAUCUAUCAAGAAGGACAAAAUGGAACCUGUGGAUCUGGAAGCUAUAAGAAAGAAGAUUAAGAACGACAAAGAAAGUCUACGAUCUAUUUUUGAGAGAGCGUCCAAAACUUCCAGCAAGGAACUAAAAACUCCCACAGAAGCCAGCACAGAGGCCAUUUCCCCUGCUGAGAGUGAGGACCGGACUCCAGGGCGUCUUCAGGCUGUGUGGCCACCACCCAAAUCCAAAGAUGAUGAAGAAAAGGUGGGACUUAAGUACACUGAGGCAGAACACCAGGCUUCCCUUUUGCAGCUCAAGAGAGAGUGCAAGGAAGACUUGGAGCGAAUGCAUUCAGAUUUUGAGCUUGAGAUCUUCCAACUUCGAGGCGAGCAUGCUGUUUCAAUAUCAGACCUUGAGGGAGUCAUUGCCAAGAUGCAAAAAGAAUCCUACAAUGCAAGUCUGGAGCGAAGGGAGGUCAGAGAUGUGGCUGUGUCCACUGCAGAUGACCCCACGUACAGAAUCUGCCGCACUGUGGGGAUCCAGACAGACAGAGAGACCUUUAUCAGGACUCCCGAAGGUGAGGCUGGCGUUCAAGCGCCCAGCCAGAACAUUCCAAAAAGACUUAACUUGGACUCUAUCGGACUCAGUCUGGGGGUUAAAACAGCCCCGGGGCCUGCUGGGCCACACCAACCUCCGCCUCCCCCUCCCCCACCCCCUCCCCUGCCAGGCCCCUGGGGACCUCCGCCACCCCCACCUCCUCCUAUAUCAGGCAUUAUUGGAGCUCCGCCGCCACCACCCUUUUUCACCGGGGGUGGGCCCCCACCGCCGCCGCCUCCCCCACCUCCUCCCCUUCCUGGUCUACCUGGGGUUGGCCCACCUCCUCCACCCCCUCCGCCAGGCGGCGGCCCCCCGCCUCCUCCUGCCAUGGGGGGGUUCAGUCUCCAUCAUAUGUUGGACAAGGCUCCUCGGAAGCCCACUGUCGAACCAGCCUGUCCCAUGAAGCCUUUGUACUGGACCAGGAUACAAAUAUAUGACGAUAACAACAACACAUUGUGGGGCUGUCUGGAGGAGCCUGACAUCAUCGAUACUAAUGAGUUUGAAGCUCUUUUCUCCAAAGCCACGCUCAAGGCAAUGAAGAAACCUUUGUCAGACACAUAUGAGAAGAAAGUCAAAACAAAAAAGAUAAUCAAGCUGCUGGAUGGGAAACGUUCACAAGCUGUCGGCAUCCUCAUAUCAAGCCUGCAUCUGGAAAUGAAGGACAUUCAGCAAGCUGUUCUUACUGUGGAUAACUCAGUGGUGGAUUUGGAAACCAUUGAGGCUUUAUAUGAAAAUAGGGCUACUCCUGAUGAGCUGGACAAGAUAAAGAUACAUUACGAGACGUCCAAAGAAGAUGAAGUUAAACUGCUGGACAAACCUGAACAGUUUCUCUAUGAACUUGCCCACAUUCCCGACUUUGCAGGCCGAGCCCACUGCAUCAUCUUCCAGUCAGUGUUCCUCGACACCAUCUCCUCCAUUCAUCGCAAGGUGGACAUUAUAUUAAACGUCUGCAAAGAGCUGCUCGAGUGCCACAAUGUGCGGGAUGUAAUGGGUCUUGUUCUGGCCUUGGGGAAUUAUAUGAACGGAGGAAAUAGGACAAGAGGUCAGGCUGAUGGCUUUGCACUGGAGAUCCUUCCCAAACUGAAGGACGUCAAAAGCAGGGACACUCAUAUCAGUCUGGUGGAUUAUGUGGUUUUGAGCUACCUGCGAAAAUUUGAUGCUGAUGCUGGUACAGAUAAGAGUGUGUUCCCUUUGCCGGAAUCCCAAGAAUUCUUCCAGGCUGCACAGGUCAAGUUCGAAGACCUAACAAAGGACAUCAGAACACUAAGGAGAGAUUUGACAGCUUGCCAGAGAGAUGUACAGAGAGUGUGUGCGAACUCUUCAGAGGAACACCUGCAGCCGUUCAAAGACAAGAUGGAGGGAUUUAUCGCAACUGCUCAAACUGAGCAUUCUGCUGAAGAGGAUCGCCUCAACGCUGCACUGAAAAGUUUCAGGGAGAUGGUGAAGUACUUUGGGAUGAAGCCAAAACCAGGAGACAAAGAUGUGGCCCCGAAUUUCGUCUUUAUGCUCUGGUACGAGUUUUGUAAUGACUUCAAGAACGCUUGGAUACGACAAAGCAAGAACAUCUCAAAAGAGAGGUUGAAGGAAGCUCAAGAGAACAUCAAUAAGAUCACAGCCGAAAAGCGAGUGGAAACAAAAAAGAUUAACGCCAACAGUCUGAAAGAGAGAAUGCGGCAGAAGCAAGCCGGCAUGGCGUCCAGCUGAGUGACUUGUUGAGGGGACAUUGUCCCCCCCCCUUCCGCCCUCGCAACAAAAUACAAAAGACUGCAGCCCGACAUGUUGUGGUUCCGCUUGUGCCGCUGUACAAAAAGAAGGCUGGAAGUGUGCACGGCUCCAAUAAGCCAAAGGUGGACCUCAUUCAUCCAGCAUGGCGUGACCUCUUGUGUGCAGCCUGUGAAAGGUCUCAGUGGGUCAGCUGGCAGUUCAACAUCUGUGUCAGCUGACACGUCCAUGAAGUUCUUCCCUAACUCCUCGGAAGCUGAGAGUGUAUCCUGUCCUAAUCUGGGCUGACAAUCUGCUAGUUUGUUUGUGCCAAACACAACCUCCUGUUUCUCACUAUUCAUUUUCUUGUGCAGUCCGUGACAAAUACCUUUUUGUUCGCUCUGGCUUCUAAACACACCUUAACACCCCUGGUCUGCCAGAGAAUAAGAAGGGCGGAGCAGGAUAGGUCAGUGCUGCUAACUCAGCAGGAAUCAGACCCCAUCAUGAAUCUGUUUCAAAGAGUCGGUUGAAAAUUGAAUCUUAUAAAAACCGAAACAAUUUGUCCUCUUAGAAAGGAGGUAAAUCCAACCAUUCCCUUCCAGACACCCACAAAUAUUAACACAAAAACACGUUAUCGGGAAUAGUUCUAGUUUUACACACACACACAACAACACAAAAUCACUCCAGAGUGUGAGAGUGCCAUCCCACAGCAGUGUUCAUGAGGAGGCUAUAUCAGAAUAUAUGACCAAUGAAAUAGAUAAAUUAACAUUUAACCUGACCUUUAUUGAUGAGUGGCAAGAAGGACAACCACAAGCAUCAUCUUUUCUUGAUUGUUUGCCAAACUUACUGUAGCAGUUUGCUGCAUUCAGUGACAGGACGCAGACUCCAAGGAUCUAGUUGACUUUGAUCUGAUCAUUACACAAUGUCGCUGCGGGUCAUUAAAAAGUCCUACAUACAACUUUCAGUUUUUAAAAGCCUUAAAGUGGAAUUUUCAUUAUGAGACAUGACGAUGGAUGUUAUUUUUUUAUAUAUUUUUUUGCAUUCUAAAUAUUAAAUAAAUGCGAUCAAAAGUCCACAUACAAUGGAGCCUAUGUGAGCCGCGCAAUUCCGCCUAGAAAGCCCUUUAAAAAACAUCCAAACACCUCCAUUAGGGUUUCAUAUACAUGAUGUAAGUAUAUAUGUAAUGUAGUAACAGGCACAUUUAUAAUAACAUUUAAUAUUGACGUAUUUUGCUUGUUUUAAGCAUACGCUUAAUUUAAAAAAUGCAUCACGUUUCCGUUUUUUUUUCUUCAUUACUGAUUUCUGUUCACUGCAGACUUCAGGAGAGCCAACAAACAUAAUAAAACAUCACUUACUGUACAAGGUCUGCUGUCAUUAGGAUGCCGACUGCUGCUUCAUAUAUUCCCAUUUAGUUGAAGAAUGUCUCAUAAUCCUAACGUCUUUUUGUGUCUUUCUGGUCAUUUCCGAGCCCUAAAUGGCUAUCAAAGUGUCCCAACUUGUUGGAAUACCUCCUCAGACUUCUUCUGUCCAAGUGAGAUGCAUAAUUUAUGAUCUAGAAUAAACUUCCAGGGAGCAAGGAAGCAGCAGACCACUCGAUGAUGUCAAUAUCGGCACACAAGCUUGUGAUCAUGGCGCCGCUAUAAAUAGUUUGUCUGCGUUAGCGCUUAUAAUAACAAUAUCGAUAAUACAUGGUUAAUAUUCAAAUCACAAAAUUUAUUGUUGCCGCUUUUUAAAUGGUGUGUAAACAAAUAACUGGGAACAACUCAAUAUCGCUUCCAAAAGACGCCUUAGCUACCCAGUCAGGUCCCUGAUGCAAAAACGCUGGAGGGAACAGUUCUUGCACUAAAACAACAAUAAUAUUAAGGAAAUUACAAGAAGACUUUUUGGGGGGGAAGGUCUUAUUCAAGAACUACAAGGCUACAGGUAGGUGUCGUGGUUUUAGAGUUAGAAAGAGAUACAUUAAACAGUGUUGUCAAAUCCACUUAUAAAAAUUUGGGCUUGUUAUGUUUUUUUUCCAAAGUUGCAUGCUAAUAUUGUGAGUCGGGUGGUUGUUCUUGAACAUGUACCAUAUUUUCCGGACUAUGGGGCGCACUGGUGUAUUGACACACCCACUAAAUGUUAGGGGAAAAAAAUGUUUUUUUCUAUAUAUUAGCCGCACUAAUAGAUAGAAGGCGCAGAUAUGCACGUUACGAAAUUAGUUAUUUACACAGAAAUAUUUUGUAAAUGUUUAUUUCCAAAUGGUGUCUGAAACAUGGCAGUAAAACGGCUGAUCAAACAAAACAGAAGUCAUUGUCAUGGACCCACUAGCUGCUGAAGCUAGCUCUCCAAUUAGCUAGACAGACUCAACUCCACGGUGACGUUUUGGUGAAUUUACAGAGGAAUAUGUGAAACUGAAACAAUACAAAAAGAAUGCCAUUGUAAGAUGAUAAUGCUAACACAGACAGUCGUAAAAGUGUUAGCAUAUUAGCUAAUACUAACAAUGCAAGAGCCAUUACAUUACGAUAGCACGUACAAAAUAUGCAUGAAAACACUCCUACAGACAUCACGCAUGGGACGGCUUAGUAAGUAUAAACCGUUUUAGUUAUAUUGCAAAACUUACAAACGUUGCAUUGAGUAAUGAAUGAAGAAUUCAUAGCCGUGGAAAGCGCUAUGGACAGCUAGAAGACUGAAUGGUGCCCUACUUCUUGUUAAAAAAAAAAAGCACUACUGGUAAAUGAGUGUGGACUGAGCAAACUUGUCCAAAAGAUGGCACCGUAGCACAAACAUUAAAACACAGUGCAUUUGCUUUUUUUUUUUUACUUUUUAUCCUGGCCGUCAGUGAAGAAAAAUCCAUAAAUUAGCCGCACCGUGUUAUAUGCUGCAGGGUUCAAAGUGUAGGAAAAAAGUAGCGACUUAUAGUCCGGAAUGUAUGGUAGUUGCUUAUUUGGGCUUCUUUUAAUGUGAGUGUGGUAGUUACUUUUUUUUUUGCUUUCUCCGCCCUCGUUUUCUGGUUAUCACGCCUGCCCACUCCACUCGGCACGCUCCCAAACACACUCAUGCAUGACGCACAUCUCCUCAGAACAACGCUGUUCCUCUCAAAGAGUGGUUUUUAUAUUGUCUACUUUUUAGAAGUCAGCCGAUGAUCACUGGUUUCUCUCAUGGAAACAAUCACUGGCAGCAGUUAGAGUGGAUCAGAAAAUUUCAAAUUUACGCUAAUCAUGCGGAAAUACUCUAUGUUAAUAUGAUUUAAUUUGGCAUGUGUUUUCAAAAUGCCAUAUCCUCAUACAUUAACUAUUAUCGUAAAGUUCAACUUAUUAUAUAAAACAGGCGGGGUUGUCGAGAUAUAGUCUUCAUUUUUCCAUUUAAAGGUCUUAAAAGUCUUUAGAUUUGCGGUUAGGAGCCUACCCAUCCAUCCAUUUUCUACCGCUUGUCCCUUUCGUGGUCGCUGGGGUGCUGGAGCCUAUCUCAGCUGCAUUUGGGCGGAAGGCGGGGUACACCCUGGACAAGUCGCCACCUCAUCACAGAUAGAAAGACAACAUUCACACUCACAUUCACACACUAGGGACCAUUUAGUGUUGACAAUACGAAGGUCCUGGGUUCGAUCCUGCGCUCGGGAUCUUUCUGUGUGGAGUUUGCAUGUUCUCUUCGUGACUGCGUGGGUUCCCUCCGGGUACUCCGGCUUCCUCCCACCUCCAGAGACAUGCACCUGGGGAUAGGUUGAUUGGCCCCUAGCUAAAUGAGAGCACUCUCUCUCUUUUAAACAAGCACCAAGUUAUGCAGUCUCCCCCCCCCCCCCCCCCCCUGUCAAAAGCACUCAAAAGGCAGGUCAGUCUUGUGACAUAAAAACAACAAAAAGAAGCAAAAGGAGAGUUUGUAUUUAUUUUUUAAAUUUCAUGUUUUGCGCUCACUUUUUGCAAAAUGCGUUAUGGCCAAUUAUGCAACUCUGAUGAUUGUAACAUGAGUUUAUUACAUCAUCAACCAACCCACCACCACCACAAGUAGAUUGCAGUCCUGUGGGAAACACAGCAACCCAACAUCCUUCUAAGUGUAGUCGGUUUCUUUCCAUCCUUCACUUCUUUCUACACGCGUGUAAAUAUGAUGUACAGUAGAAGAGGUAAACAUAAUAACUGCUGUCCCUCACAUUGUUUGUCACAUUAUGCUGCACAAUAACAGACGCUUUGCUUCUGAAGAGCCCUGCCAGCCAAAUGCAGUUUGGUAGAUUAUUUUUCUGCUGUAAUGCAUAUUUCAAUUUUUAAUGAUAUCUCAUGGUACAUGUGCAAAAUCUUCACUGUUUGUACCAAAUAGCAGUUACCCGACAAUCAGUGUCACGCUGCGGGACGGCAUGUCCAUCACUGGAAAGAAAAACAAUGUUUAUCCUCAUCGAAGACAAUCCCAUAAUUCCACAGUGUGGGACUGAAGUCCAUCCUCCAAGGCGACAAUGUUUGCCAUCAGAGACUAUACCUCCAGAAUGUGUGAGUGCCAUCCCACAGCAGUGUGUGACCAGCAUGAGGAGUGGAUGUAAAGUGCACAAUGUGUCUUGUUUUCUCCCAUUCCACUGAUGACACUACAACAGCUAAUUAAGAAGGCUGUGACAUUUGAAAGUGUGCUGCUCAUCUUACAAACCCAUCAUUUAAAAGGAAAAUGCAAUGGCAUUGUUAAAAACGCUAAACAAUCUCAAAUGUGUGACGGUACACCUUUAGAGCACUUUUCUGCUUGCAAUAGUUGUGUUGUGUAGCGUACUUAAAGCCCUUUUUGGAGUAACUAUUUGUAUUUGCUCAGCACUAUUGCCCCUUCUUUGUCAUGCAGGGUUGUAAAGUAAGGCAAUAUUUUUGUUGUGUUUCUCAUUCAAGAAGAAAAGUCUAUUUAUGUAGGAAAGCGUGUAUUUUAUGUACAGCAUUAGACAACAAAGGUUUAUAUUUUACUUGCAUGUGGCCUUCAUUCUAUAGUACAGGGUUGUGAAUAUUUAAGCAUUAGAUAGGUAUGAUCCCUCAGACAGAGUGGUGUAAAAAGAUGCAUGACCAAUUAACUUUUUUUACCCUGCAAA